GAGUGUGCACUAGUCACACACACACAGUCUCUCGUCCGAGCUCGAUCAGGACUACUUUUGGACACCUUUGGACAAUUUUCCCACCUUCCUCACCCCCCUCACUUCCAAUGGAAAUUAGUCCCGUGCGUAUGAACUUUGCGUUAUUUUCUGCGCACUGAUUUUGUUUUUUGGGAGCUAGAAAAGAAAGUCUCGCGGCAACGGCAACCAUGCUGGAGAGAAUCAGCAUUUCUGACUUUGUGGUGCUGACAAAUGAAGAUCUGUCUUCCCCGGGGACGUCCACCUUCCAGGCCAAAAUGAGCGACUGUCGAGGAACAGUUUCCACCGUGGAGGAGACUCUGGAGAUGGAUCACAUAGCCCUACAGAAGAUGAAGAAGAUGAUCAAAGCCAUCCACAAUUCCGGAAUCACCCAUGUGGAAGCCAAGGAGCAGUACAUUGAGGUGCUGGAGCACCUUGGCAACAGCCACCUGAGCCAGGACAACAAAGAGGUCUCCACAGGCUUCCUCAACCUGUCCGUUUUCACCAGAGAAGUCACGGCCCUCUUCAAGAAUCUGGUGCAGAACCUCAACAACAUCAUGGCCUUCCCCUUGGAAAAUGUGCUGAAAUCAGAGCUGCGCGACAGUAGACUGGAACUGAAGAAACAGAUGGAGAGAAGUUGGAAGGAGUACGACUUAAAGAUAGCCAAGCUGGAGAAGGAGCGCAAGGAGAAGGGCAAGUUGAUCAGGACGGAGGCAUCGGACGGAGGGGAGGACAUGGAAAGGGAGAGAAGGACCUUUCAGCUGCAGAUGUGCGAGUACCUUUUAAAGAUCCAGGAGUUGAAGGUCCGCCAAGGCCCUGAUCUCCUCCAGAGCCUCAUAAAGUUCUUCCAGGCCCAGCUGAGUUUCUUUCAGGAUGGGCUGAAAGCUGCAGAGAAUCUGGCACCCUUUGUGGAGAAGCUCGCUUCUUCAGUUCACACGGUGAGGCUGGACCAGGACGAGGAAGUCAAAAAGCUCACACAACUGAGAGAUUCUCUUCGAUUGCUGCUGCAAGUGGACGGCAAAGAGGAAUACCUGAACAGGAAGAACUCUGGCAAUGGCUACAGCAUCCACCAGCCGCAGGGUAAUAAGCAGUACGGCACAGAAAAAUCGGGUUUUCUGCUCAAAAAGAGUGACGGGAUAAGGAAGGUGUGGCAGAAGAGGAAAUGUGGAGUGAAAUUUGGCUGUCUGACCAUCUCUCACAGCACGAUCAACCGGCCACCUGCCAAGCUGAACCUCCUGACCUGUCAGGUGCGACCAAACCCGGAGGACCGGAGAGCCUUUGACCUGGUUACUCAUAAUCGGACAUACCAUUUCCAGGCAGAAGACGAGCAGGAAUGUGUGAUCUGGGUGUCGGUGCUGCAGAACAGCAAGGAGGAGGCCCUGAACACAGCACUGGGAGGAGACCAGCUUCACCUCCAGGACAGUGGCCUGCAGGAACUUUCCAAAGCCAUUAUCGCAGAGCUCCGCCACAUGCCGGGCAACGAGGCCUGCGCUGACUGCGGCGCCCCAGAUCCAACAUGGUUAUCUACCAAUCUUGGCAUCCUGACUUGUAUCGAGUGCUCUGGCAUUCACAGAGAGCUGGGUGUCCACUACUCCAGAAUCCAGUCCUUGACUCUGGACCUGCUGAGCACAUCUGAGUUACUGUUGGCUGUCAGCAUCGGUAACACGAGAUUCAACGACAUCAUGGAGGCGGGGCUUCCAAGUGAUGCUGUCAAACCUUUACCGCAGAGUGACAUGAAUGCCAGAAAGGAGUACAUUGUCGCAAAGUAUGCCGAGCGUCGCUACGUCCUGCGAAGAGAGACAACGGAACCCGGACAGCUCUGUGACGCCGUGAGGAGCCGAGAUCUGACUUCUCUUUUACAGCUCUUUGCAGAGGGAGCGGACCUCGCCAAACCACUCUCGAUAUCGGACGUACAGGCUGCCAAAGAAACUGCUCUUCAUCUGGCUGUGCGCCUAGAAGAAAGAAGCUCUCUAGCUAUAGUGGACUUCCUGUGCCAGAAUGGCAACUGUCUGGAGAAGAGAACAGCCGGAGGAAACACCGCUCUGCAUUACAGCGCUCUCUACCAUAAGCCUGAAUCCCUCAAAUUGUUGCUUAAAGCCAAAGCCACUCUUCACAUAGUGAACACAGCAGGAGAGACUGCCCUUGAUAUGGCCAGGAGGCUGCAACACACACAAUGUGUUGAACUGUUGGAGCUAGCUCACAGCGGGAAGUUUAACUCUCAGAUUCACGUUGAGUUCAUGUGGCACACUCAAGCUCAGGAGAUGUACGACAGCGAGGAUGACCUGGACGAGAGGGUAAGCCCAUUACCAAAAAAACUCUCUCCUGUGUCCUCAAACGGAGGCUUUGGAUCCCAGUGGAGUGUGAUUGGUGGCGCUGGGGGCAACCCAACCAGCAGACCUUGUCAGACAUAUGAGAACCUGGACUUCCUGUACAGAAAUCCACCAUCCAACAGCGCCCCCUCUGGAAUAGCCAUGCCACCACCACCACUGCCUGCUAAAUCCACCCCAAAAGGUCGCUCCGACCCUCAGCUCUCGGUCACAACACAGGAGGUGAACCUCCCUGCACCAAGACGAAGUUCUAACCCGACUGUCAACACUCCAAGUCCACAGAUGCAGGCCAGACAGAGUCCCCCUUUACCCAGUUCAGAGAGUCAAAGCCCAGGUGGUGGAAAACCACAUAAGGGGAGUGUGUUCAGGGGUCACAGACACAGUGGCGAGGGUCAAGCUUUUACUGGUUGCGCCUCUCCAAGUACUCCCACAUCAUCUCAAAACCACAUCGGACCUGUCAGUUCUGAGAAGACCACAUCGUACCGUCGGACCAACAGCGGAGGGAACCAGGGGAAGUGUGCCGUAUUAUCACCCACCAGCAACCAGGAGGAGCCAUAUUGUAUUUUAGGGGGAAACUGUGCAGGCCUCAGCCCAGGCCCUACCGCAGCAGCCCCCUUUUCCUCACCCGGUGUGACCCCCGCAUUGCGACCUCGCAGGAACGCCAUGAUUUCUGGCAACAGACACACCAAUAAGCGGGUCAAGGCUUUGGUGGACUGCAGACCCACCAACUCGGAGCAUCUUGCCUUUUUCAAAGAUGAAACCAUUGUGGUCACGCUCUCUCGUGACCCCCACUGGUGGAUGGGUUACAUAGAAGGGGACUCAUCCAGGAAUGGGACUUUCCCUGUCAACUAUGUUCAAAAAGUUGCAGAUUAAAGGACAUUUGGAAAUGAAGAACUGAACCCGCAUUGGGCUCCAGGUGGACUUUAUGCCAUUUUCCUCACGCAGCUAUAAUGGAUUUACUCAAACUGGAACAUCCAUCCAUCCAUUUUAUGGAUGCUGCUUAUCCUCCCGACGGUUGCAGCGGUGAGCUGGAGCCUAUCCCUGCUGACUUUGGACACGAGGCGGGGUACACCCUGGACUGGUGGCCAGCCAAUCGCAGGGCACAUGCAGACAACCUUUCACCCACAUUAAUAUUUAUGGACAAUUUAGGGUCGCCAGUAAAGCGAAAAUGCAUGUUUUGGAAACGUGGGAGGAAGCCGGAGUACCCGGAGAAAAUCCACUAAGUCACAGGGGGAACAUGCAAACUCCACACAAACGGAGAAUCGAACCCUUUACUCAGUCUACUGACUGUGUGGCCUGACAUUGUCUCCUGACAAUGUGAUUAAAUUCUGGACACACACUCAGCGGCGGCUGCGUGAGGAUGCUGUUUCGGGAUUUACACUACCAAUAAGGAAGUUUCAAUCAUUAACAAAAAAUGUCCAUGUUGCUUUGUUCACUUCUCUUAAACCUUUAUAUUAAUAGGUACAAAGACAUUUACAAACAUUUAAGCAUUUCCGUGCUUGCUAGGCUAAUCCCUGUUUAAAUGCACUUUAAACCCAUGCAGGAUAAUUUCUUGGAAAAGGCCAGCUGCUGUCUAAAGAAGGCCAGGGUUUUUUAAUUAAAGAGGGAAAAUGUUUUUUCGGCUUGUAGCCAAAAACCCUUUUAGGUCUGCAAGCAUCCAGAACUAUCGUUAAUGAUGGACUCUUUGGGAUAAAAACCAGGAAUUUACACUUUUUUUUGUGAAUACAGUUACUGGAGGCAUAUGUGCAUGGUAACAAUGCACACAUGCACAAUUGCACUUCAUGUACAUGUUUUUUGGAACCUAAAAUGUUUUUAAAAGGUAUUUUUAUACUGACAAAUAAGGCAACAAUGUAACUCAUGCUAACUGAUGUACAUACUUGUCUAAAAUACCCGCUGGUGUGUUUGUGUGUGUCUUUACUGUACUUGUCAUCUACAAUAAUCAGGUAGAAUUGUAACCAACUGCACACCACAAUAAUAAACAUUCUCACAUUGAGUGCC